AGUCGGUAAUCAGGUGCGCGCGCAACCUUGCCGAUAUUGAGACUGGAUCCGCCGGGCCGCCCUGAUAAGAUAGCCUGACAGACGAGCCGCCCCAGGUGACCACUGCUCCUCUCUGGGCCAGGAUGUACGUGAGCAGGGCUUCGAUCCCCGUCAACCAGGACUCCAGCGUGAGUUCGGGUUCGACGCUUCGCGCCUCGAGUGCUCGGCCUCAGGCGCCGAGAUUACAUCAGCUAGGGGACAAGAGCUCGGGGGUCCGCGGCCGGACGAAGGUGCAGGACUUCGAGCAGCUGCGUGCCGCGUGCCUGGGGAGCGGUCAGCUGUUCGAGGACCCGGAGUUCCCGGCGGACAACUCCUCGCUGUACUUCUCCCGCCAGCCGGGCUUCACGUGCAAGUGGCGGCGGCCGCAGGAACUAGUAAAAAAUCCGCAAUUUUUCGUCGAAGGUCCAUCAAGAUUCGACAUAAAGCAAGGGAAUCUUGGAAACUGCUGGUUUCUCGCUGCCGCGGCAAAUUUGACUCUGGUCAAAGAAUUCUUUGAUUACGUCGUUCCUCUCGACCAGAGCUACGGGAAGGAUUAUGCUGGGAUAUUUCACUUCAGGUUCUGGCAGUUCGGCCGCUGGGUGGAGGUGGUGGUGGACGACCGGCUGCCCUCUAGGGACGGCAAGCUGGUGUUCUCCUGCUCCUCGCAGACCAACGAGUUCUGGAGCGCGCUCUUCGAGAAGGCAUACGCCAAGCUGUACGGGUCGUACGAGGCCCUGGACGGCGGCACCAUGUGCGAGGCUAUGGUGGACUUCACCGGCGGCGUGUCGGAGCACUACGACCUGGCGGGCAUGAGGCCGGACCUGCUGCUGCACGUGCUGCUCACCGCGCACCACCGCAAGUCCAUGAUGGGCUGCGCCAUCGCCGCGACCUCGCAGGACAUGGAGGCGGUGACCAAGGACGGCCUCGUGAAGGGCCACGCGUACAGCAUCACCAGCGUGAAGGUGGUGGAGUUCAGGAGCAGGCGCAGCGAGGGCAAGGAGACUCUGGUGCGACUCAGGAACCCCUGGGGCAAGAUAGAGUGGACCGGCCCGUGGAGUGACAAGUCCACCGAGUGGCGCUACGUGUCGGACGAGGAGAAGCGCGAGUGCGGGCUGGUGAUCGACGACGACGGGGAGUUCUGGAUGAGCCUGGAGUACCUGCAGCGCUGGUUCACCGAGGUGGAGCUGUGCAGCCUGAGCUUCGACUGCCUCGCCGCGCGCAUGGGCCGCCGCGUGGACGAGCGCCACUGGAGCUCCAGCGAGUUCCAGGGCAGCUGGGUCAAGGGCCUCACCGCCGGCGGCUGCGGCAAGUUCCAAGACAGCUUCUGGAGGAACCCGCAGUACCGCAUCACCGUGGAGGGCUCCGAGGACGGCGGCACGUCCAUCGUCAUCGUGGCCCUCAUGCAGAAGAACCGGCGGGCCCAGAGGAAGAUGGGACUGGAGGACCUCAGCAUCGGCUACCAGAUAUUUCACCUGGGGAAAGCGGCCGCGGCGGCGCUGGCGGAGCCGAUGGGCAAGGAGUUCUUCAGGACGAACCAGCCGGUCGCCAUGACGCCCCACUUCGCGAACGUGCGCGAGGCCACGUGCCGCUUCAAGAUGGCGGCGGGGGCCUACCUCGUGGUGCCGUCCACCUUCGAGCCCGACGAGGAGGGCGAGUUCCUGGUGCGCGUCUUCUCCGAGUGCGGCAGCUCCAUGGAGGAAAAUGACGUCGUGGUCGGCCUGUCCGCUGGAGACCAGAGGGUGAAGAAGCCGGAACUGAACGACGCGCAGAAGGAGCAUUUCCGGCAGUUGGCCGGAAAUGACAUGGAGGUGUGCUGGGAGGAGUUGAAGGAAAUCCUCGACAUUCUCACCAAGUCAGACAGCAACCCCAGCGGCUAUUCAAAGGAGGUUUGCCGAAGCCUGAUAGCCAUCAUGGACGUCGAUCACUCAGGAAAGCUGAGCUUUGAAGAGUUUAACGUUCUGUGGACAGACGUUGGUUACUGGACCGGCGUGUUCGGCCUGUACGACAAGGACAGGAGCGGCUCGCUGGGGUUGGCAGACCUGCGCGAGGCGCUGCAGUCGGCCGGCUACAGCGUCAACUACCGGGUGCUCAGCCUGCUGGCGCGGCGCUACGGCGACAAGCUGGGGCGAGUGUCCUUCCAGGACUACCUGCUGUGUGCCAUCCGCCUCAAGAACAUGAUCGAUGUAUUCAAACUUCAUACGUCCGAGUCAUCACCCAACAUAGCUUCGUUUACUAUGAAUGAAUGGUUGGAAAGAACUUUGUACAUGUAGCUAAAUGUUUAAUUUUGUAAUAUUUCAGAUUGCUUAUUACCUCUUACGAGCAUAAUGUAAUUUUAAAUUUGUACUCCUGUAAAUACUAUCCAAAUGCAUUGUCCUGUAUUA